GAUGGACUUGACCAGAACACUUCCGGUUUCCCUUCCAUGGAAGCCAAGUUUGUAAAUAAAGUAAAACUGAUGAAAUACUUUCUAAACUGUGAUUUUUUUUACAUCUGUUAUCUCGAACACAUGGGAGCUGUACUGUGUUAUUCCCCAGUGCUAUGUCCCCAGUGCUGUGUUAGACCACUUGAUUCUGUAUGUAAGUUCCCCCCGGGCCCCACCAGAGGAGGAUACGUACAGCCUACACACGGAUACCACAGAUAUACACAUAGUGUGUUUUACGUACUUACAGCGGUUACACACUCACGGAAUUUUAAAUAAGCAUGGACAAAGUAAUUGGAUUGGUGUCCAUAGUUCUCCAAGUUUUCGUGAUUGGUCCUGGUUUGGCGGAAUACGACAUCCGGGCAGUCACUGUAGAAGUUCCCUGGGAUGAAGCAAGCCAAGGAUGUGAGGACAUUGGAUACGACCUGUUUGACCCCGCAAUGGUGACAAAGCAAACACUGGUAUCGAAGGCACUGCUUCAGGAAGGGGAACGUUAUUGGACAAGUACAUACACGUCAAGAUCCCCCUUCUAUUGGAAACUUGGUUGUUAUGACGUUAAGGACCGAAGUUCUCUGCAUAUGACCGACUUUGGAAGUGAAAACUCUGUCUAUCAAUGUUCCCAGAAAUGUGGCGACUUGCAGUACAUCGGAUUGGAGGAUACGGGUUGCUUCUGUUUUCCGGCCUCAGCAAAGCUGUCUCAAGAAUCUGAAACCCCGUGCACGACUCUGUGUCCAGGGAACGCUAACGAAAUAUGUGGAGACUCCGGAUCGGGCAAAAUGUCGGUAUACCGGAAGUUUGACACUAAUGAGGACAGGGUAACCUUAGAGGGAACGACGGGAGAUUGUGUCACAGUAAACAAAGAAAAUGUAGAGGCGAUGUACGAUGAUUAUUCCUACGACGAACACCAAUUGUUCACAGACAAAACCUGUACGGAAAAAAGGACAUUCUUCUGUCGAAAUUAUGUGUACGACCCAACCAAAGCAGACAGUGACAUAUUUAUUUAUAAACCGGAAAACAAGACUUGGUACGAAGCUCAGAGUGAUUGCUUGUCUAGCGGGAACGACAUCGCGUAUAUCGAUGGCUCCAACGCCCUCGGUGUUCUUUCCCGAGACACAAUACCAGUAGGCUCAGAAAGUUGGGUCGGGCUAUUUAGAGAAACUGCCGAACUCUCCGUAGCCGAAGGCGAUGUCACUGGUGAUCUAGUGUCAUGUAAUUCUAUUUCCAUCGACAGCAACGUACUGGAGGAGAGACACCAGCCGUGUAUGAAUAAGUUAAAGACGCUUUGUAUGAAGGUAAGCGUGGACCCUACAACAACCGAGAUGACGUCAGACUACGAUAUCACAUCUGAAAUGUCUGAAGCGCCAAUUACUGAAACACCUACAACAGAAGAGUCUACAACAGAUGCGCCUACAACAAAUGCGCCUACAACAUAUACGCCUACAACAGAUACGCCUACAACAAAUGCGCCUACAACAGAUGUACCUUCAACAAAUGCGCCUACAACAGAUGCGCCUACAACAGAUGUACCUUCAACAAAUGCGCCUACAACAGAUGUACCUACAACAGAUGCGCCUACAACAGAUACGCCUACAACAGAUACGCCUACAACAGAUGCGCCUACAACUGAAAUAUCAUCGGUUGCUUCAACGGAAGAAACGACAGAGACGCCCUCUAUCAUUCAGAGGGAGACAACAGAUGCAUCUACAGCAGUUACACCAGGAUCUAGAGUUUUAAAUCGUGCUAGUUCAUCGAAAACGUCGACGACGAUAAAAACAACCACAUCGAUGACACCGAUGGCAAAGAACUCAGUGACGAAAAUGACUGGUCCAAAGGCAACUACAGAACAACUGCAACCGAACGCUGCUAACGUGGCAGAGAAAAAGAUCGGAGAGGAUAACAAUGACAGCGCAAAUAACAAAGUUACAGGUGAAACGAAGGGUUCUUUUUAUAAUCUGUUCCUUGCAAUAAGUGAUAUUUCCGAAAAUGAAAAUACCCAGGUAAUCAUGGCAAAAUGAAACGGGGGAGAUGCACAUCAAACUGUCACCCUAAUGAGAUGUAUGAUAACGUCAGAACAAAGUAGACUGCGUUAUCUGAUUGAUAUGUGCAAUAUUAACAGUGCGAGAGGAAACCCAAUCGUUUGCUAAUAAGUCUUUGGUGGACUUUCUUUAUAGUUGGUAUAUAUACAAGACAUCUUCAAAAUGUAUAGCAAAUAAUACACACGAUGGAGGUUUGAUUGUGCAAUAAGGAAUAGAAAUGUCCAAGUGUCUUGAUGAAUAGCUAAAGUGAUAUAUUGAAUGGGAUGCAUAACUGCAAUUUAACGUGAACGAACUCACGGGAGAACCAAUUUAACGUGAGAGAAAUCAUUGGUUGAACAUAGGAAAAUAAUUUCUCUAUAAAUGGAAACCCUACUGAUAUUCGUCAAAUGAUACGUAAACGUAACUGUACAGACAAAACAAAUAAUACCUGCAACCUCAAAACCUUAAACUGGACAUUAAAAUAUAUUGUUGCAAUCAAUUUUCUUAUUUACUGUAAAUGCUGCUGUUAGAUAGGUCAUAAAAGUGUUUCAGAUAAGAAAAUCAUUUACUUAAUUUUACCAGUAUUAUUUCGGUAAAUUGGUGGAACUAUUAAGUUUGUAUGUCGUUUAAGUCUAAUUGGUGUAUUGUCUCUACCAUAUAUGUGAAAGUGGUUCCGUUUUCAGGUAAAUUGUGAGAUUUUCCCGUACAAUUUCAGCUCUAACACCAGAAUAUGCGAUCCUGUUGAUAUUUUUCCAUUGUUUUGGAUUCUAACUCUAUAUCAAUUUCAAAUUUGUGUUUUAAAACAUGUUCAACUAAUGGAUCAGUAUUGGC